GAAGCCUAUGAUCUUUUAACUGAUAAGGAUAACCCAUCGGGUCCGGAUGGAGGUCAGCCCCGAAUGGAGAAAUGUUCUUAUUGCGAAAAAGAAUAUGAUUUUGACCGAGAAAAAUAUAAAGAACAUAAAAAAGACGAGAAAGAAAAUAUUCCCGAGACCCAGCAAGACGAAUACCCAGACCACAGAAAUGGGGGAAAAGGAACAGAGAAAGACGACUUAGACAACAAUUCUAAAUCUGGUUCUGACGACAACUCCAAUAACAUUCCUAACCAAAGGGGAGAAAAUAAUAACGAAUUGCCCCCAGAUAUCCAAGAAAUUGCUAACCUUUCGCUCCCCCAAGCUAAGCAAAAAGCCGAGCAAGAAAUUGAAAAAUUACUAAAAGACAAUGCUAUCUCGGGACAGCAAUUAGACACGAAAAACUUCGGCGAAAGUAAUAAUUGA